GGUCGGACCGGUAACCUUGUUCUUGCCGCCUAGCGUCUAGAUUAUCAGACUUUUCAACGCCUUCCCAAAUUCACGGAGAACGCGGUUUUGACACCUUCACAACCCAAUUCAUCUUCCCCAAAUUUUUCCCUUCAUAAAAACCCCUUUCCACAAUCGAACCCCUUCACCGUCAAAGAUGGCAUCAAUCUACAGUUGUAAAGAGUGCCAUACAAACUUCAAUCUCCAUACCAACUAUCUUUUCCCACCGGAUUUUUACUUCGAAGCAGGCAAUAAAGGUACUCUAUCUUUUUCCGCUGUUGAUUCAUCCAAAUUCAAGUUCGAGAAAGAAGAUAAAAUUAGACCCUUUUUCGAAACCCUUGAUUAUUGGGGAAUUCAAAGGAAAAGGACUAAGAUGAUGUGUAUGAAUUGUGGGAAGGUCGUGGGCUAUGUGUAUGAUGAUGGGCCACCGAUGACUGAUAGUCCGGGUCAGUUUCAUUUUGGUCCUAGUCAGGUUAUUCCUAGAGCUGCAAGGUAUAGGAUGAAAAAUAAAGCUUUGAAGAUUACUUCUGAAACUUGACAUGUUAUUUAAUUUUUGAUUUUUUUUUUGGGGGAGGGGGGGAUUUUAGAUGUUGAGGUUUGUAUAUGGAUUAAGAGAUGUAUGAUGUUUGUGUAUAUGAGAUUUUGAUUUUUACAUUU